AAGAAUGUGCAAAUUCAGCACUCUAUAUACCUUUAGCUAGCUAGCUUGAUGACCCUCCACUAAUAAUCUAUUAACUUGCCAUGACAGAGGAGCAAAGUGAAGUAACGCUCGAGGAGUACCUGCAUACUGCUCUCAAGAUAGCAAGACAAGCCGGCAAUGUAGCCAAGGAGGCGUCUCUGCUUGACAAGCAGGUGGAGACAAAGACCUCCACUGCCGAUCUAGUCACAGAGACAGACAAGAGAGUGGAGGAGCUGGUCAUAUCACAGCUUAGGCAUCACUACCCCACACACAGGUUUAUCGGUGAAGAGUGUGCAGCUGAUGGUGGGAAAUAUCCAGAGUUAACGGACCACCCCACAUGGAUCAUUGAUCCCAUUGACGGAACCACUAACUUUGUACACGGGUAUCCAUUUUCAGCCGUGUCUAUUGGACUCGCUAUAGACAAGACUCCGGUGGUGGGUGUGGUCUACAAUUUUGUGAUGGAUCAGAUGUUUGCGGCCAGGAAAGGGGGAGGGGCCACAAUGAACGGUACACCAAUACACGUCUCUAAAUGCACAGAGCCGACUAAAGCAAUGAUUUUAGUUGACACCGGCAGUACGAAGAAAGAACGUCUCUUGCAGUCAAAAUUUGACGUCACCUAUAAACUUGCUAAAGAGCCCAAUCCAGUAGAAAGCUUUCGUUGCAUAGGGUCAGCAGCAGUGGCCAUGUGCUCAGUGGCGUGUGGCAUUGCUGAUGGCUACUAUGAGAACGACCUCCACUGUUGGGAUAUUGCAGGUGGUGAUAUCAUCGUGAGGGAGGCGGGCGGAGUCACCAUGUUCCCUACAGGUGAUCCACUGGACGUGAUGAGGAGGGGGGUGCUCUGUGCAGGGACACAAGAACUGGCCGCUAAACUAGUAGCAUUUACUAAACAAUUAGAAUUUCCUAACACUAUUUAGAUCAUGUUUGUCAUAAAUACUGCAAUCUGAUUGGUUAGAGGAAAUGUUCUAUCCCAUUUAGAAAAUCAUGUACUUCAAUAGAAAAUCAUGUAGCAAAGAUUAGAUAAGAACAUUCAAAUCUGA